CGACAGCUGUCAAAAUAGCUUUUUCCAUGGCAAUAAAAUUAAUGCAUUCAUUACGACUUGCUUAAUUUUCUUGUCUAUAUCGCAAGAUUUUCUCCCUAGUUGAUGUGGAGUUUAAACCCCAGUGCUAGUGAAAUUUAGUCAACGUGGGGCCAACAAGAAAUUUAUCCUGUUAAUUGAAGAGUAUCAGCAGUUCAACAUGGUUGAUGUUGCUCGGCAAUUACUCGACGAACUGAUGGGAAGGAACCGUAAUCUGGAUCCUUCGGCUUCUGCAAAGGAAGUUUCGUGGACGGAUGAAGAGUUUUGUCCGUACUUUUUGGUGAAGUUUUGUCCACACGAUCUGUUUGUAAAUACUCGGGCCGAUUUGGGGCAAUGCACCAAAUUGCACGACGAUGAAGCGAAGCGGCUGUUUGAUGAAGCAAAACCUUGUCGUAAAAAAACUCAAUACGAAGAGGACUUUUUACGUUUUUGCACCAACAUGAUUAAUGAAGUGGACCGUAAGAUAGUGAAAGGUAAGCAAAGACUUCUUCUCAUGAACAGCAAAACGGAAGGAGGUCGACCUGUACCCAAACAUCAAGAUCAGGUGAAUUCGCUAACCGAACGGAUCAAUAAACUUGUGCGCGAGGCGGAGGAGGCCGGAACACGAGGAGACGUCGAACAAGCACAGGGUUUAAUGGAGCAAUGUGAUCAGCUGAAGGAGGAAAAAGAAGCUCUGAUAAAGCAACACGAAUCAAACGGAUGGUCAGUCACUGCGGAGAUUGCAGCAUCCCAGGAGAAACAAAUGGAAGUUUGUGAAGUGUGCGGCGCUUUUCUGAUCGUUGGCGAUGCACAGCAAAGGAUUGAUGACCAUCUCACGGGAAAACAACAUCUAGGAUAUUCUAAAUUGCGCAAAGCUGUUGAUGAAAUGUAUGAAGCGAGAAGGAAGCACACCGUAAACCUUGAAGAGCGUCGGUCUAAAGAUGAUGAUCGUCGCAGACGAGACAACGUGAAACGAGAGGAACGUAAAUCUCGCGACCGAGACGAUCGGUACGGUAACAAGCGUGAUGAUCGAGAUCGCAACCGCUAUCGGCGUGAUCAUCGAGAGUACAAGGAAAGAUCUGAUCGCUAUGAUAAUCGUCAACGAGAUCGUCAUAGUAGACGCGAUCGAACUGAUCACCGGGAUCGCAAUCGUAGCCGCAGCCGUAGUUACUAAAAGAGCAUACAAACAUUUCGGAUCUCAUAGGUGGUUUUGUAGCAUGAAGUCAUCCAGGCGGGUGUGAAGUUCUUUAUGCCGAAGCGUUUUCCUUCACAUGAGGUAUCUCUACUAAGAAUAGAAAAAAUUAAAAUCAAAACACAUCCUUAUAAGACCAAUAUAAACGAUAUCUAAACAGUCGUAGAAAAUCUUCUAGUGUGCAAGGUAAGCAUUCGUUUUAACUGUGUCAUGAAAUGAUUAAUGUUUUAUUUAUUUUUUCACAUUGUGAAUUUCGUAUUGCGCGCGCGUGUGUGUGUGUUUUUUUUUAUAAAAUCGCUCGACGAGAUAUCGUCGAGAUAUGGCGUCUGUUUCAGCGUUUUGUUCUUUUGUAGGAUUUAAUGUAAUCGAUAUCAUACUUUUACAUUGUGUGCAUUUUACAGUUAGUAAAUAUUUCACUUGGUAUUCGUUUUAAAACUAAUUCAAAAAGAGAGAAACGAUGUUUUUAUCGGUCAAUCUUCGAAAUAUUUGUAGAUUAGAGCAUUUUAAAAGAGCAAAUUAAAGACUGACGUGAGAAGCUGUUGAUAAAAUUUUAAACAAUAUUUGAAUGCAUUCGUUGUAUAUGGUUUUGUUAUCCCAUCACUCGUUUACCGCAAAACCUGUUUUGUGGAAGUAAAUGGACAACAGAUGGUGAAAUCGUCUGUUCCAGUACAUUAUAUAUUUGAAUUCUAGUUGUGUAUACUAGUCGCCGAUUUCACCGCUAUAGCCUGUAGACUGGCCGUUUUUGACGGUGGCACCAAUUGGUGUCGAAAAUAAGGUACAAAUAGCCUAAGAUACUAUCCCUAAGAUAAACGAACAAUACAAAUCGACCUUAACGCUCUUCUUUUGCUCAAUAGUAAACUUCACCGUGCAUUUAUAAUUACAACAUGCUCGCGCUAGUAUUAAGCCAUCUGUAUCUUGUGCAGUUUGAAUGGUUGGUCAUGAUAGAACAGCUGAUGUAGGACUUGCAGAAGAGGUAAUUGAUACCUGGUUAAUUAUAUUUUCAAAGCAAAUGUAAAGGAAAGUCAUGGAUGUACAGCCUUUAUGCUUCUUCGUUAUGCAGGAUAAAAUCAACGAGACAGUAUGAAAGAGAACAGUAUGUUCAUAUCCUGUUGUAUUGUUAACGUUGUGUAGCCAUAAAUGCAACGUGACUGCUAUGUUUGGUGGAUCGAAGCGAAAUUAAUCGAGGUAAAUUCUCAUCUUAAAGAUGCUCUUGUUGAUGUAAUAUAAACAACACUGUUCGCAGCAUUAUACUAUUAAAUCUUCCUGCUGGCUAAACCGUUGAAGGUAAUUGGUUUUACUCUGUAUGCUGUACCUCUUAUAUAAUAAUUGUAUUCCAGAAUGGAUGUAUUUCGAUGAAUUAGUUAAAGUACCGGUGUAUCUUUUAUCAAAACUCUUGUAACCUCUCAAGCCCGAUUUUUACUAUUGCUCGCUAAUUGAUGUUCACCCACCGUCUCCGCGCUCGUUGUUUUUAUGUCUGUUGUCGAGGUGUAUUAUAAACAUUUCCUACGGUACUUUUUAUAUGAUAAAUAUCCAUAAUUUUGAGUUACUUCAAAAUGAACAAAGAACUACGUCACCAUCGCCGAUGCUGGCAUCAAGAACCGGCUGAAUCUGCAACCAAUAUCUAUGUUCAUACUCAAGCAUAAGGGCAAACACAGCAAAACUGCUCAUAUUUCGCUCGAGUUCGAGAAUGAGCCGCCUCUCACAGUUCUCCAUUUAUACUCAAUUUCAAAAACGAUAUAAAUCGAGGUAUUUAUUCACAUAGCUUAUACUAUAAAUAUUUUUAUUUUCAUUUUUUUUAAAUCAUAUUAUAUAUUAAAUGAUCAAGUCGCGAUCACUUUCCAAAAGGACAUGUAAAAUUGUUAGUAAGACAAACUUUUUAAUACAUAAAUAUUACCAAAUUUUUUUCCUGAUGACCAUUGUAUGGUUACCAAUUAAGUGAUUAAUAAUUGGUGAAAAACACAGCAGCUCAAAUAGGCCAUAACAGUAUCAAUAUGUAUUAGAAAGUUUGUCUUUGUUUAAUCACUGCAUUACAGUAAUAUUCUUUGACCUUCCCCAUCACUUCGAAAACAUGUAUUAAUAAUGAUAUGUUUAUUUAUUAUUUAUUCGAACGAUAUUUUUUUCCUUUUCGUGUACUUGCAGUUGAUUCCCCUACAUCUACCAUUAUAUUACCAGGAGCGUUAUACCCAUCUCAACAGCGUGUGUCAGCUAUACUUCAUCUUUUCAUUUCAACGAUAAAUGGUGUGAAAGAUCCCUCGAUAUAUCUGCAGGUAGCGUGACUUUAUUCUUUAUUUUGUAUACUAGGAACAUUGUUGACAGAACUAAUUCGAUUCGCGACAUAAGUAUCAGCAUAGUUCUACGAGAUAAAAAUAAUGUUUAGGACGAAGAUUCUAUAAAAUGUACAAGUAAAAAUUCAUUUUUUUUAUAUUUCAAUUGCUUUCACGCUGAAACAAUUAGCUUGAUUGCCAAUCCAUGAUUGGAUGUGAUAAGUUUUCAAGAAUGUGUCAUUCAAUGGUAUCAAUGCAUUAUUAUUUGGUUUAUUGCUAUUAAGAUUAAAUAGUAACUUAUUGAGUCGUUGACUAUGCUUGCAUUAAUACUACUUUAGUAUUAUUGUCACUACAUAUAUCAGGGAUAACGAUCAUUGUUUUCAACUGAAAGAGAAUAAUAAGCAUAAUAUAUUUGACAUACAAUGGAAGGUGUGCUGUAUACGUCAGCAAAUCCAAUGGCAUGACGCAUAAAAUAUGAUGUGCGAAAUUAUAAUCAUAAAACUUACACAAGAUUGUAAUAUAUAAACAAAAAAUCACAAUAGACGCAAUGUUUGAAGGCGAAAAGUUUGUGCCGUAUAAUAUGUAUGGCAUAAUUGCGUAAAUAAUUUGCCAACAAUAUAAUUCUUUGCUUUACUGAAUUUGCCAGCGAAAGUUUUGUUGUUUAUUAAUCAAGAGCUCAACAUGAAAUGGCUAAUUAAAAUGAACGCACCGUGCUGAAGAUGGGAUUGAUACUGUACCCCAAACUGUGUUGGAAGACGUUUAAACACGUUAGUGUAUAGACACUUUGCACUGAACUGAUUGCUACAAAUGUUUAAAUUGAUUAUAACAGUGAGAUUUUGAAGUGAAUUGUGUGAUGGAAUUGGUCAUUUAAACAAUCUAUCAUAAAAAUUUCAUUAUAGAAGUGACAGCAUUCUGGUUUAAUGAAAAUAAUAUUAAAUAUGCUAUACAUUCUCCAUGAUUGAAUUUGAAAUGAAUAAAGUUUAAUUACAAAAUA